AUGGAAAUUGGUUAUUCCUCGGUACUAAGCCGGAAACUUCUAAUUUCGGCUACAUUAUUCCUCGGGGAACAGAUAUGGUACCAAACAGAACGAGAUCAAAUCUCACCUAUCGCAACAUUAGCUAGUGAAAAUUCUCGCUCCGAAAUAGAUCUUUCUAUUGUUGACACAGUUAAACCCGUUUCUUUGUCGAAACCAACUACCACAGAUCUACAAAACGUUACUACUUAUCAACUCUUUCGUUAUGCCACUCCUAGAGAUAUCUGCAUGAUGUUUUUUGGAUCCAUAGCUGCCGUAGCUAAUGGUUCAUCUAUGCCUUUGAUGACAAUAGUUUUCUCGGACGUUAUUCAAGCAUUUGUUACCUUCACUAUCGUGACUUCAAAAGGAUUUAGUGAGACCGCAAAAAAUGAUUUGGAAGACGCAGUAGUUGAUAAAGUAAUACUUUUCUUGAUACUUGGAGGUGUAGUUUUCGUUGCAGCUUAUUUUCAAAUGGUAUUGUGGAUGAUUUCUGGUGAAAAUCAAGCAAAGCGCCUUCGUCAAAUUUAUUAUCACUCAAUUCUUCGACAAGAUAUUGCAUACUUUGAUUCAAACUCUACCGGUGAUGUCACUAGUCGUAUAUCUUCUGAUAUUAAUCUUUUCCAAGAAGGUGUUUCCGAAAAAAUUGGUGUAAUUAUUCAAAAUCUUUCAACCUUUGUCGCCGGUUUUGUUAUUGGGUUCACUAAAGUGCUUCCACUUUUGGCUACAGCCUCUGGUAUUAUGGGUAAAUUUCUCGCUGCUUCUUCCAAAGAUGGGCAAGAUGCCUAUGCAAAAGCUGGAUCAAUAGCUGAACAGGCAUUAUCAGGAAUUCGUACUGUGACGGCUUUCGGUGGCCAAGAACGUGAAUUACGACGUUACGUUGAUAAAUUACAAGAUGCUUACAUUAUAGGCCGCAAGAAAGCCAUUAUUACAGGCUCGAGUUUAGCAUUUAUCUUUUUUACCCUUUUUAGCACUUAUGCCUUGGCUUUUUGGUAUGGAGGUAUCUUGAUCGCAGAUGGUAAAGCUAAUGGUGGUCAAGUAGUUAAUGUAUUCUUUUCGGUUCUUAUUGGAGCCUUUUCACUUGGUAACACUGCACCAAACUUAACUGCACUUGCAAACGCUCGGGGAGCUGCAAAAAAAUUAUUUAGUGUUAUUGAUCGAGUUCCCGUCAUUGAUUCUUCUGAUCCAUCAGGUUUAAAACUUAAAUCCGUAAAAGGUCGCCUAGAAUUUAGAAAUAUUGAUUUUAGUUAUCCAUCUCGUCCUGAUGUCCAAGUUCUUAAAAACUUUAAUCUUACCAUUGAACCUGGUCAAACUGUGGCCUUGGUGGGUAGUUCUGGUUCCGGAAAAUCUACUAUUGUUGGUUUAUUAGAAAGGUUUUAUAAUCCCCUUAAAGGACAAAUUUUUAUUGAUGGUGAAGAUAUCAAAAAUAUUAAUAUUAAAUCAAUGAGAAGUAAAAUUGGUUUAGUAGGUCAGGAACCAGUAUUAUUCCCUCAAACUAUUAAACAAAAUGUCGCUUGGGGUGCUGUACCUGAUGAUCCGGAACCAACUUUAGAUGAAAUUAUUGACGCAUGUAAGAAAUCUAAUGCUCAUGAAUUCAUCAUGGAUUUACCUGAUAAAUAUGAAACGGAAGUUGGUGAAAAAGGUUCAUUAAUGUCAGGUGGUCAAAAGCAAAGAAUUGCCAUCGCUCGAGCUUUAAUUAAAAAUCCUUCAAUCUUAUUACUUGAUGAAGCGACAUCAGCACUAGAUACAGAAUCAGAACGUUUGGUUCAGGAUGCAUUAGAUUCUGCAGCAACCGAUCGAACGACCAUAGUGAUAGCCCAUCGUUUAUCCACCAUAAAAAAUGCAGACAAAAUAGUAGUCAUGUCAAAAGGUGAAAUUAUGGAAAUUGGACGUCACGACGAAUUAAUUGCCAAAGGAGCAUUUUAUCAUAAAGACGAAAUGAUAAAAAUUAAUGUUGAAAACGAAAAAAAAAUGACAGAUUUACGAAAAUUGACUACUAAAGCAUCCACAGCAUUUUCGUUGGAAAUUAAAGAAAGUGCAAUUUUUCCAUUCUUCUCAAUAAUUUUUUCAUCAAUUUUGAAUUCAUUCUCUAAAACCGAUGUAAAUGAACUUCGUCGUAGUUCCAACUUGUGGGCUCUCAUGUUUUUUAUCUUAGCUGUGAUAGCAUUUAUUGCCAAUUUUAUGCAACAAUACUUUUUCAUACUUUCUGGAGAAAAACUUACCAAACGAUUACGUUCUAUGACUUUUGAAGCUUUGUUAAAACAAGAAAUUGGAUUUUUUGAUGAUGAAAAUAAUGGUACAGGUAUAUUAACUUCAAGAUUAGCAACAGAUGCUACUAAAGUCGAUGGUCUCACUGGUACUCUUAUGGGUAGUAUUUUACAAAGUAUUACUAAUCUGAUUGUUGGAUUGACUAUUGCAUUCGUAUAUGGUUGGAAGUUGACAUUGGUAAUUCUUGCUUCAACACCUGCUAUUAUUGCGUCAGGAUUUCUUCAAAUGCAAGCGUUAGCAGGAUUUAGUGCCAAGACUGCUUCAGCAUAUGAUAAGAGUAGUCAAAUUGUUCAACAAAGUGUUUCCAACAUUCGAACCAUUGCUUCAUUAACUCGGGAAAAUACCUUUAAACAUCUUUAUGGUGUAUCCCUCCAGAAUCCACAUAAAAUUGCCGUCAAAGGAAGUAUGGUGUCAUCUAUAGGAUUCGGGUUAUCAAAUGGAUUAUUAUUUUAUGUUUAUGCGUUGGCCUUUUGGUAUGGAAGCCGAUUAGUGGGAGCUCAAGAAUAUACCACGGGAAAUAUGAUGAAAGUAUUAUUUGCUGUGGUUUUUUGUGCCAUAGCUGCUGGUCAAGCAAGUACUUUUGCACCAAACACUGCCAAAGCAAAAGUUUCUGCUUUAUCAAUAUUUGAACUUUUGGACCGUAAAUCUAAUAUCGACCCAACUCAAAACGAAGGCAAAGAUCGUCCAACACCAGUAAUUGGUACAGCUAGUAUUCAUAAUGCAAAUUUCAAUUAUCCAGCCCGACCCAAUCUAAGAAUUCUUCGUGGUCUUGAUUUAUCCAUAUUAACUGGUAAAACAGUAGCAUUAGUUGGUGGAUCAGGAUCUGGUAAAUCCACCGUAGUUUCAUUAUUACUUCGAUUUUAUGAUGUUCGAAAAGGUGAUGUAAAUGUCGAAGAUGUAAAUGUGAAACAAUGGAAUUUGGAAUAUUUACGUAGAAAUAUGGCAUUGGUGGGUCAAGAACCAGUAUUAUUUGAUCUUAGUAUUGGAGAUAAUAUUGCAUAUGGUAAAGAAGGAUGUACUCAAGAAGAAAUUGUGGAAGCAGCUAAGAAAGCGAAUAUACAUAAUUUCAUUAUGGGAUUACCGGAAGGAUAUAAUACAUCAGUAGGAGAAAGAGGUACACAGUUAAGUGGUGGUCAAAAACAGCGUAUUGCCAUAGCAAGAGCUUUAAUUCGAAACCCUAAAAUAUUAUUGCUUGAUGAAGCUACUUCUGCAUUAGAUUCGGAAUCUGAAAAAGUUGUGCAAGAUGCAUUAGAUAAAGCAUCCGCUAACCACACGACGAUAACGAUAGCACAUAGAUUAUCUACAAUACAAAAUGCAGAUUUAAUAUUAGUAGUAAAGAAAGGUCGUAUAGCGGAACAAGGCAAACAUUUCGAUCUAAUAGCAAAACGUGGACUUUAUUACGAAUUAGUAAACAAACAAAUGUUGAAUGGCAAUAAUUAA